AUGGGUAAAAAGGCAAAAAUUGGAAAACAGAGGAAGGAUAAAUAUUAUCAGUUAGCUAAAGAAACUGGUUAUAGGUCACGUGCUGCUUUCAAAUUGAUUCAAUUGAAUAGGAAGUUUGAAUUUUUACAAAAAUCUCGAGUAUGCAUAGACUUAUGUGCAGCUCCUGGAGGAUGGAUGCAAGUUGCUCGGCAGAAUAUGCCGGUUUCCUCUAUAGUAAUAGGCGUAGAUUUAUUUCCUAUAAAACAGAUUCCAGGAUGUAUCAGUUUAGUAGAAGAUAUCACAACAGAUAAAUGUCGUGUUUCUAUAUCUCGUGAAUUAAAGACUUGGAAAGCUGAUGUUGUGUUAAAUGAUGGAGCACCAAAUGUUGGUAGAAACUGGCUUCAUGACUCAUAUCAACAAAUUGUGUUAACUUUAUCAGCUCUUAAAAUGGCAACACAUUUUCUAAGACCAGGUGGAUGGUUUGUUACAAAAGUUUUCAGAUCAAAAGAUUAUCAUGCAUUAAUCUGGGUUCUAAAACAGCUAUUUCGUAAGGUACAUGCAACUAAACCUCAAGCAUCACGUACUGAGUCUGCUGAAAUAUUUGUUGUUUGCCAGUACUACAUUGCUCCAGAUAAGUUAGACUCCAAAUUCUUAGAUCCAAAAUAUGUUUUUUCUGAAUUAGAGAUAGAACCAACAAAUAAGUUAAAUGUUUAUAAUCCAGAAAAGAAAAAAAAUAAAGCUGAGGGAUAUCCAGAAAAUGAUUAUACUUUGUAUCAUAAAUUAUCCGUUAGAGAUUUUAUAGAGCAUGACAGUGCUGUAGAAGCAUUGCAGAAUGCAUCUGAAAUUGUUUUCGAUGAUGAAACAAUAGCGAAUCAUGAAAAAACAACUAAUGAAAUUAAGGAAUGCUGUAAAGAUAUUAAAGUGUUGGGUAAAAAGGAUUUGAAACGUUUACUUAGUUGGUGGAAAACAUUGAAGGAAGAUGUAAAACAGAAAGAACCAGAGGCAGAAGAUGGAGUAAAAGAUACAUUCAAUGAGCCAACAGAAGUGGCACCAAUGACUCAAGAAGAAGUGGAAGAUUUAGAAGAUGAAGAAAUUACAAAACAGAUUGAGGAGAUUAGAGCAGAAGAAACUAGAGACUUGAAACGAAAGAAGAAAAAGGUUAAUAAAGAGAGACAAAAGCUAAAUGAACGUUUGAAUUUAAAAAUGGUUCAUAAAGGAGAUGAAGGUCCUGUAAUGGAAGGGGAAGACAUGUUUCGUUUGAAAGAAAUUAAGACAUAUCAGCAGUUAGAAGACAUAACAAAUCAGCAGCCUGAUUUAGUAGCAGAGAGUGAUGUAGAUUCGGACGAUGAAAAAAUAAAACCAAAAAAAGUUAAGUACAAUAAAGAUGAAGGACAUUUAGAUAGCAGUGGAUUGUAUUAUAAAACGGACGACAGCGAACUAGAAGACUCAAGCAACGCAUCAGAUGACGAUUCAGAGAUUGAAAAAUCAAGUUUAGGUUUGGAUGACACCGAUGAUGAAGACGGAAAUAAAGUUCCAAAAAGAAAGAAGAAAAACGACGAUGAUUCAGAAAAUCCAUUGUUAACUGAUUUAGAUCAUAGAGACAAAAAGACGAAAAGAAUUCAUAAAGCUGAACUAUGGUUUGAAAAGGAUGUCUUUAAAAAUUUAGAAGAUGAAAAAGAUGAAGACUUUGAAUUGGAUAAAAUGGUUGAAGAGUAUAAGAAAAAGGGCGGCCGUAUAAUAGGAGAUGACUCCAUGGGGAAAGAGAAUAACAUAAAGAAAGUGAGAAACGAAAAAGAUGAUGAUACCGAAGAUACAGAUUCUGGUUCUGAUUAUGACAUGGAAGAAAUGAUGGCUCCAAAUAAAAUAGAUAAGAAAAAGAGGGUUGGCGGUAAAAAUGGUUUCGAAAUAGUUUCACAAACAGAUGGCAUAAAACCCAAGAAAAGGAAACGUUUGUCAGAAGAAGAUCUUGCUUUAGGAUCGUUACUAGUUCAAAGCAAAAAAACUCGAAGAGAUUUGAUAGACUCAGCGUGGAAUAGAUUUGCAUUUAAUGAUGAAAGGUUACCAGAUUGGUUUGUACAAGAUGAACAGAAGCAUAUGAAGAAGGAUGCACCUGUACCUAAAGAGCUUGUGGACGAGUACAAGAAACGAAUUGAGGAUGUGAACGUAAGGCCAAUCAAGAAAGUAUUAGAAGCAAAAACGAGGAAGAAACGUCGUGCAAUGCGUAAAUUGGAUAAGGCAAAGAAGAAGGUGGAAGCAAUAAUGGACAAUGCAGAUAUUACUGAUAGAGAAAAGUCAAAACAAGUACAAGCAUUAUACAAGAAAGCUAAUAAAGAACCGAAGAAAGAAGUUACUUACGUGGUUGCAAAGAAACACAUGGCACAGAAAAGAGCAGCGAGACCUGCCGGUGUGAAAGGACGUUAUAAGAUGGUUGAUCCCAGAAUGAAAAAAGAUUUACGCGCGGCAAAAGCAAAAGAAAAAACUAAAGGACGUGGAAAGAAGAGCCGGGGUGGCAAACCACCUCGUGGGAAGCCUAAAACUCAUAAAGGAAAGAAAUAAAAAUAAUUUCUUUCAUAUAGAAAAUAUGAAACUAUUUUAUAAUUCUCAUGAUGUCACGUUAUCCUGAAAAUAGGUUGUUUAACACAAUAUGGCAAAGCAACAAACAAUUAAUACUGUACAUACAGUACAUUUUGUACAUAUACAAAUCUAUGUAUCAAAGUACACAA